AUGGAAUCAUUAAUCAUCAAUAAGAUGCCUUAAGUAUCUUCACGUUCUCGAAAUUUAUCCAAUGAUAGAUAAUAAAAUAAUGAUAGAUCAAUUUAACUUUCAAUAGAAAAUAGCAGAAAAAAACAUAAAGCUUAAUCCUAUUCAUUAGAAAAAUCAGUAAAUUUUUUUAAAAUAAUAUUUUAAUAGUUAAAUUUGAGCUCUUAGAAUUAAAAGGUUGAAAAUUUAGUGGUUUCUUGGAUGCAACAAAAAAAUUUAUCAUCCCUUAAUUCAAGUUCAAAUAAUGUUUUGCCAAGUAAUUUUAACAAUAUAAUUCAGUAUCACAAUUUGAAAGUUAAGGAAGACAAUCAAAUCGACCUCAUAUAAUUAUAGAAGAAGAUCUUUUAUAUACAGAAGAAGGUGAUCAAUAACAUGGAAUUCAAUCUAAUAAAGCCAAUUAAAAUAGAAAUAAAACACCUAGCACUACACGUCCUCAUGCAAAAAGUACAAAAGAAUAAUGUAUUCUAUUAACUUAUGAAGAAAGUUUUGAUGUCAAAAAAAAUGUUUUAGAAAAAAAUGUUCCUAAAAAAAAUAUAAACACUUAUGCUUAAAGACCACAAACCACAAAAAUGUACACUUAAGUAAAAUCUUCAACUUUGGUUUAUAAAGAGCAUUCUAUCCAUAAUCCAAUGAAAUCUUCACAAAUUGAUUAAGUCAAAGUUAGUAAUCUUUAUAGCGGAUCAAAUAGUUAUUGCAAUAAUAUCAACAAUAAAAAUAAAUAGAAUACUUCCUAAAAAAUUGUUAAGAAACCUAGUCUUAUUCCAAACUCAGAAUUCUAAUUGGAUAAUUAAUGCAUUCCUGAUUUGAUCAAAUUAAAGGAUUUGAUCAUAUCAACAUAUUUAAAACAAAAUAGAGCUCUCAUUAGUUCCUAAAAUUAAAUUAUUAAGUAAAAAUUUUUAUGA